ACGUCCCUCUUUCCUCCAGAAUGCAUGUCUCCUCCAUCCCCUCGACCACCACACAACCGUACAUCUCAUGAGGACGAGAGCGCAGGCCAGAGUGGCCGGCAAUCCCAGCUGCAACCAGUGCCAGCACGAAAUGGCACGCCGCAACACAGCUCCAGCGUGGACCCGGCCUUCCCACGCCUUCCUGACACCGCCAUCGAAUCAUCGCCGACGGCCGACACGCGGUUGGACGAAGGCGGGCAGAAGAUGACGUACGCGCAACUCAUCUACAUCGCGCUCCACAGCACAGAAAAAAAGGCGAUGGGACUAGGCGAACUCUACCACUGGUUUGAGCAAAACACCAGGAGAGCCCACAGGGGAGGCGAAGGAUGGAAAAACAGCGUUCGUUCGAACCUGAGCGUAAACAAGGCCUUCCAACGAGUGGAACGCAAAGGCUCCCUCUGGCAGCUCGCGGAGGCAGGGUUGACGGAAUUCCAACCAACGCGUAAGCCCCGAUCGGAUCGCGGAGCGAGUCGUGGGAAAAAGGCUGGGGGAUCAUACAAAUGGAAGAUCAGCGUCGCAUCGCCGCCUCCUCCGUCUUGCGCACCCACUCUGCAGGAUCACUCGAAGGAAAAUGUGUCCGGAAGUGAUUGCGGCGACGAUGGGUUUUGGUCAUUUGACGGCGGCUUCACGUCGCCUGAGAGCAGCCAGCCUGAAAGCGGAACCUCUACCGAUUAUCCAUCGCCGGUGCCGAUGACUUCGACGCAAGAUGGCUUGGAGCACAUGCAUGAUCCGUUAUGGGCUUGGAACCUGGAUAGUGGGCGCUACGUCCACUGGCCCUACUGCAGCUGCCUCUGUGGCCGACAAAACUUUUGUUGGACAGACGUGAAUGAAAUGGUGCCAUUAUGCGCCCCGACAGCGUUUGCUCCCAUGUUGACGAGCAUGGGCGUGGGUUCUAGUCCGCCGUCGGAAACGUGCGUGCAAUGGGAGAUCUGACGGUCGAAUCUGGUCUUGGCACAUUAGAAGUACGUUAUACCACUGGGGCAUGGAUGGGCCACUGUCCGAACGGCGGAGAGAUAGAAAUACAGACGGCGAAUACUGUACUGUAAGAUACAGUAUGUGCUGUCGUGCCAGAGAAUGCAUGCGCCAACUCGAUCUUCCCGCUCUUCAUGUGUGUUGGAACGCUCGCUUGCGAAGCCGGAUGGACCUUCGCUUGACUUUGAAUGAAGUUUGGGACGCAAAUGGCUUCAGAGCAUUGGCGAUUGGAUCGCGGACGAUUACAGAUUCAUCCAGGUCGUCGGGCCCAAAGUCCAUCUACCCAGCCCAUUUGGCUUCCGAGUUGCU